CUAGGGGGACGACAAGGGGAGGGGCAAAAUUUCACCCUGCUAUCGACAGAUUCUGUGGACGAAAAUAGCGGAAUUCGCCUGCCUGCUUUUAACUGACAGCGAUUACAUUUCAUCACAUCGUCUACGAGAGGGAGGCCAGGCCAGGAUGAACGGCGAUUCAGGUGCCGGCGUGGUGACGGCCCACCCUCCCGCCACCGCCCCCCACAAGGAGCGUUAUUUCGACCGGGUGGUGGACGAGAGCAGCCCAGAGUACCAGCGCGAGAGGAAUGUGGCGCCCGCCCUACGCCAGGACUUCAACAUGAUGGAACAGAAGAAGCGGGUCUCCAUGAUCCUGCAGAGCCCGGUGUUCUGCGAUGAGCUGGAGUCCAUGAUCCAAGAUCAACUGAAGAAGGGCAAGACGCCCACCAGCCUGCUGGCGCUGCAGCAGAUUGCUGAUUUCAUGACCACCAGCAUGCCCUCCAUGUGUCCUGCUGCACCGCAGGGGGGUAUGGCAGCGCUCAGCAUGAGUUUGGGUAUGGUGACUCCAGUGAACGAUUUACGUGGCUCGGAUUCUAUCUCAUAUGACAAAGGAGAGAAGCUUCUCAGAUGCAAGCUGGCGGCCUUCUACCGGCUCACAGACCUGUUUGGCUGGUCGCAACUCAUCUACAACCAUCUCACGGUAAGGGUGAACUCAGACCAAGAGCGUUUCCUGAUUGUGCCUUUCGGGCUCCUGUAUAGCGAAGUCACCGCGUCCAGCCUGGUGAAGAUUGACCUGUCGGGUGACAUCGUAGAUCGGGGAAGUACAAACCUCGGCGUCAACGGGGCUGGCUUCAAUCUGCACGCCGCCAUCUAUGCUGCACGGCCGGAAAUCAAGUGCGUCGUCCAUAUACACACGGCUGCAGGUGCAGCGGUGUCAGCUAUGAAAUGUGGCCUGCUCCCCAUCUCGCCUGAGGCUCUUGCCCUCGGUGAGGUGGCCUACCAUGACUACCAAGGCAUCCUGGUGGACGAUGAGGAAAGAGUUGUCAUUCAGAAGAACUUGGGCAAAAAUGCCAAGGUGAUUAUCUUGAGGAACCACGGUUUGGUGUCUGUGGGCGAAACUGUUGAGGAAGCAUUCUAUUACAUCCACAACCUGGUCAAUGCAUGUGAGAUUCAGGUGCGAACACUGGCCAGCGCUGGAGGCCCAGAUAACCUGGUGAUGCUUGACCCAGGCAAGUACAAGUCCCGUCCUCGCGUUCCCGAGCCUGCCGGCGACGGGUCCUCUGUCCAACCUAAGUGGCUUGUAGGGGAGCAAGAGUUUGAAGCUCUCAUGCGAAUGCUCGACAACCUGGGCUAUAGGACUGGCUACCCUUACCGCUGUCCAGCACUGCGAGACAAAGGUAAAAAGUACAGUGAGGUGGAGAACGCUUACUCAGCCGGUUACUCUUACGGCGAGGACAGCGACUCGGGUGCUCGCUCCCCAAUGAAACACAGCUUCCAGCGCGGCCAGCGUGACAAGACCCGCUGGCUCAAUGCCGGCGGUCGGCCCGAUGAGCCCGGCGAGGACGGGCCCGACGGCGGCAGCCCCAAGUCCAAGCCUAAGGUGUGGACGAACAUAACACACGAUCACGUCAAACCCUUGCUGCAGUCUCUCUCGUCCGGUGUCUGCGUGCCAAGCUGUAUAACCAACUGCUUGUGGACUAAAGAGGACGGAAUGCGUCAGGCCGCCGUGGCCAAUCAGUUCAUCCCGUUGAACACCAAUCCCAAAGAAGUACUGGAAAUGAGGAAUAAGAUCCGUGAGCAGAAUCUGCAGGACAUUAAGACCGCAGGACCUCAGUCUCAGGUUCUGUGUGCUGGCUCGGUGGUGGAGCGCAAUUUUCAGCAGGAUGCCCCUCUGUCUGACUGUACAGACACUAUUGACGCCCUCGAUGCCUCCGAGGGGUCCUAUAGUCCUGCUAGAUCUAUUAGAAAGGGGGAGCUGGUGACCGCGUCCAAGGCCAUCAUCGAGAAGGAGUACCAGCCCAAGGUGAUCGUCAGCAAGCAGGGGCCCAACCCCUUCAACAAGUUCACCGAUCAAGAGCUGGAUGAGUAUCGUCGAGAGGUUGAGCUGAAGCAGAAAGGACCUGAAGUGCAGGAAGAAGGCGAUUGUAAGGAAGCACUUUCCUCCAAGCUGGAAAGCGCGCAGACGGUUGAAGCCCCUGCCGCGCCCUCUGCGGCCGGCACAGCAACAGCCUCCGGGCAGGGCUCCUCGACCCUUGGCCUUGCUGAUGCGGUCCCCCCGGACUCCCCCCAUAAGGAGUUCCACUGCGCCGUGCUGCGAGCCCUCAGUAAGGAGGCGGAUCAGGCUGAAGAUCAAGAGCAAUUACCAGAAUCAGAGGAAGGGGCCGAGGCCAAAGACCCAAAGGCCACCUGUACGCCACCCAGCACUCCAGUCAGAGCAGAGGAGGAGACCUUGCCGGAGCCGACAUUUAAGGACGACAGUGACGCCGCCACCCUGAAACAGACCCUGCCCGACUUAACCCCCGACGACCCGUCCGAUGCCCCUGCGCUUCCCGUCGAGGACUCCGAUGCCGUCCCCGCCCCUGCUGCCACCGAAACUGCCGAUGAUGUCGAGGAACUCGCUGCUGCAGACGCAGAAGGCGACGAGUCUCCCAGCAAGUCCCCUUCCAAAAAGAAAAAGAAGUUCCGCACUCCUUCCUUCUUGAAGAAGAACAAAAAGAAGACCGAGUCCUAAGUAUGAGCUUCCUCAAGCUUUUACCCGCUUUUUUUUUUUGUUUUGUUUCAAUACCACUAGUCUCUGGCUUUUUAACCUUUAGUUUUCCUUUAGCGCGUGCCAAUUUUGUAUACAGUGU